UUCACGUGUCCGGAAGUAACUGCUCCUCCCGUGCUGCUUGUGUUUUCUGACAGAGCACCGAGAAGGAAGAGAAGCGGCCGAGUCGUGGGAACUUCAGUCCGGCUGCUGUGACGGGAGGGCCGGCGGGGAGGCCGGCGGUGGAGCGGAACCAUGGGCCUCCUGGGGAGGCUCCGGAAGGACUGGUUUAUGGUGGGGAUCCUGGUGGUCAUCCUGUCGGCCAGACUGAUGCCCAGCGUCGGUGUCAAAGGAGGUCCUCUAAGGCCAGAGAUCACCAUCGCCUAUGUCGCCGUCUCACUCAUCUUCUUCAACAGUGGCCUGUCGCUGAAGACCGAGGAGCUAACGAGCGCACUGCUUCACGUCCGCCUGCACCUCUUCGUCCAGUCCUUCACGCUGAUCUUCUUCCCGGUGGCUGUGUGGCUGCUGCUCCAGGUGCUCGCGCUGACCAGCAUCGACCCGUGGCUGCUCAAAGGGUUACAGACGGUGAGCUGCAUGCCCCCCCCAGUCUCCUCGGCUGUGAUCCUCACCAAAGCUGUCGGAGGAAACGAGGCCGCCGCCAUCUUUAACUCGGCGUUUGGGAGCUUCCUGGGAAUCGUGGUGACCCCCCUGCUGCUGCUGCUGUUUUUGGGCUCCUCCUCCUCGGUACCCUUCUCCUCCAUCUUCUCCCAGCUCUUCAUGACGGUGGUGGUUCCUCUGAUCCUGGGUCAGGUGUGUCGUCGUUUCCUCAGGGAGUUCCUGGAGAGGAGGAAGCUGCCUUUCGGCGCCAUCAGCAGCGCCGUCCUGCUCAUGAUCAUCUACACCACCUUCUGCGACACCUUCAGCAACCCCAACAUCGAGCUGGACCUGGGCAGCCUGCUGCUGGUCGUCGUCAUCAUUUUUUCCAUCCAGCUCAGCUUCAUGCUGCUCACCUUCACCGUCUCCUCCAGGUCCGCCUUGGGCUUCAGCCCUGCAGACACCGUCGCCAUCGUGUUCUGCUCCACCCACAAGUCUCUGACUCUGGGUAUUCCCAUGCUGAAGAUCGUGUUUGAAGGCUACGAGCACCUGUCCCUGAUCUCCGUCCCGCUCCUGAUCUACCACCCGGCUCAGAUCCUGCUCGGCUCCGUCCUCGUGCCGACCAUCCGGGCCUGGAUGUCCUCCGGGCCGAAGUCUAGUCUGUUGUUGAGAUAGGGCUGCAUUUCAACACCUCUGUGUGGCCUGAGCGGUGAAGCUGUCGAACCUGCAGCCCGUCUGAUGAGGACGAGUUUCUGAGACACGGUCAGACGUGGGUGGAGGGACGCGGCCGUCCAAGUGCCUUAUCACAACCAUCACCACGGACCUUAUGGCUGAACCAGGGACCUGUCCUCAGACUCUUUUCUACAACUAACAAACUCAUUUGUUUUCUAUCUACUGUUUUGUAUUUGAGAGAAAGGUGUUUUAUUUUUCUACCGGAGUUCCGUGGGAACGGGGAGGAUUGAGUAGGAGCCAAACUGGUGUGUGUGUGGGACCAAUCUGCUGUUCUGCUCUGGGUCUUCCAGCUCUCGCUGCCACAUGUUUGAGUUGCUGCUGCAACACCUGAGGUGUUAAAAGGGUUAGAGCUGCCCGGACUUUGGAGGAUGUUUGUUUACAGUGUUGCUGUGACUCCAGUAGAGGACAGUGUUGAGCUAAUAAAAUAAAAGAAAUAUUAAAAGCUGGAGGAAAAAAUCCCAGAUUAUAAUGAAAAUAUCUCCUCAUUCUCCUGAUAACCCUCAGAUUUCAUGUGUGGCUCCACUAUUUACUUAAAGAGCAAGUCAACCCCUACCAGAGUCUAACUCCACUCCCACUUCAUGUUUGAAAAAUGCAACAAAUGCUGUUGCCUGGCAGACCGAGAGGGCGGAGCCGCUAACAAAUACACACACACACACAGGCUCACGACAGCAUUGUGACAUCAUCAUGUACCAGUUUAUAUCAUAGCAUACCUCUUAGCCAAUAGCGGUGGCUGAUUUAAAUUCAAAUACAGUGCAGAGUUUUUACCUGACAAUGGCACAACACUGCCAGUUUUAGGCAGAAUAUUUAAAUUUUAACUAAAAUGCACUGAAGCGCCAAAUUAUUGACGACACGUGUCUGCAGCACGAUUAGACACUCGUUUAUUUUGUUUAUCAGCAAAAACAAGUUGAUUUGGGGGUGACUUGCUCUUUAAAUCAGAGAUGGAGACAGAUGUAUGACUCCUGUCAGGCGGCAGAAGCGCUAAAAUAAAGAUUUCUAUGGUAGAUGAUUUAUGUAUAAUCUGAGCCAGUAACACUUUCCUUGAUACAAAGCAAAGAGUUGCCUUGGUAACGAGUCCAAACAGAGACCCGAUACAUAAAAAGGGUUAAAGUCAUACUAUGCAACUUUUUCAUGUUUUUAACUAAUUUUCUUGAGUCACUGUGCUAAAAUGACCCUUUACAUGGUAAUAAAAGGCCACUGAGCCUCUCACUCCCCCUGUGGCCAGAAUACCGCACUUGCAACUUCAGAGCCGGCAACACCACCAGUUAAGUCCCACUUUAGUCUUUGUAAAAGUGGGACUGACGUGCUAGCGCUGCAGUCUGCUUCCUGCAUGUUUUAAUCAUGAACACAGCUGAUAUGUUGGAUUUCUACUCCUGUAGAGACUAAUGAAGGCUGAGGAGACAUUUCUGCUGUUAGAUUAAAGGGGCAUUAUGGAAGUUUGACAGCCAAAACAUGUAUGGAAAUAAUAAAUGUCUUCUUAAUACA